CGGUGUCGCAAUGCACGAUAAGGAGGGGACAGAGAGGGGAGCUGUCCAGCAAAAUCUAAUUGUAAUGACGUCAUGGCGGGGCAGCAGGCAAGCAUGGAGAUAGUGCUCCCCUCAUCCCCGUCUCAGCCGGUCCAGGGUGACAGAGCAGCUGCGUCGUCGUGGCAGCGAGGUGCAUGUGAUAGGACGAGGGAACUCUCACGUUGCAACGUCAAUAACGUAGCCAACGCAAUGCAUUGCAUAUCACAGCAUCGUCACCGCCGGACUACCUGAAGUAGAUAGCGCCCGCCCGGAAAAGGCGUUGUGUGCCUGAGCCUGAUUUGCACUAGGCCAGGUACGUAGACAGGCUUGUUCUACCUAGUCUAGACUGCUUCUCAAGAGCUGCCUUGUUCUCGUCACCACUUAGUUUCUACUAUCAACCCUUGAGCGAGCUUUUCCUCCUCUUGUCCUCGACUCCCAGCCGUCUGGCUACCCAUUAAGAAUAUUUGUGUCUUGUUGUGUGAUCGGGCCAUAAGCUGUAGGCUCCCGUUUCAGAAUGGUUGUGGUCGACAAUUACGAAUACAUCACUGAGGAGGAGAAGCGGCUUGGAGAGGACCGCGACCGCGUCAAGUACUGGAAGCAAUGGGGGCCCUACGUUGCCGAGCGCCAGUGGGCAACAGUGCGAGAGGAUUAUAGCGCAGAUGGCGAUGCUUGGAGCCACUUCACUCACGACCAGGCCAGGUCCCGAGCCUUUCGCUGGGGCGAGGAUGGCAUUGCCGGAGUGUCCGAUACGCACGGCCUCCAGAACAUCGCCUUUGCAUUUUGGAAUGAAGAAGACCCCUUCCUCAAAGAGCGCCUGUUCGGUCUAUCGAAUCCUCAGGGAAACCAUGGUGAGAGUAUCAAAGAAGCCCAUUUUCACUUGGACAAUACUCCUCAUUCCUACAUGAAGUAUCUCUACAAAUACCCCCAAAAGGCCUUUCCCUACGACGAUCUCAUCAAAGAAAAUGCGCAACGGUCUCGAACGGAAAAGGAGUACCAAAUUGUUGACACUGGAAUUUUUGAAGAGGAUAGGUACUGGGAUAUUGUGAUUGAGACAGCGAAAGAUGAUAAUGACCCACAAGAACUGCUAUUCCGUUUGACCGCUUGGAACCGGGGCCCAGAUCCUGCUCCUCUACAUAUUAUUCCUCACGUCUGGUUUCGAAACACUUGGGCCUGGGGUCGUGAGCCUGAGGAUAAAAAACCGUCUAUCUCGGUGGCCGCGGAAAAUCUGGUGCGCUCAAAACACCAUAAAUUGGGCGAGAGAUAUGUGCUGUUGUCGCCUUCUCCUGGCGUAGGACCAAGCGGCGAAGAUGUGCAACCAGAGCUUCUCUUUACUGACAACGAUACGAACGUUGAGCUUCUCUAUGGACAAAAGAACACAACACCGUAUGUUAAGGAUGCAUUUCACAGAUAUAUUGUAAACGACGAGAAGGAAGCGGUGAAUCCCGCUACCACAGGAACGAAGUGUGCUGCCUGGUUUGCCUUCAAUGAGUCUGGUGGUGUUGCUCCCGGAGAAUGCGCCGUCGUUCGUUUUAAGUUCUCUAAGAAAGGAGAUACCUAUCUCGACGAAGAGGAAUUCGACGAUAUAGUCGAAAAAAGGAGGGACGAGGCCGAUGACUUCUAUUAUCGAAUAAGCCCCUUGCCGAUGUCAGAGGACCUUCGAGCUGUUCAGCGCCAGGCUUUCUCAGGCAUGAUGUGGUGUAAACAAUACUACCAGUUCAUCUGGGAUCAGUGGGCCACUGGUGAUCCAUCUCAGCCACCUCCUCCCCCCGAGAGAAAAGAAGUGCGAAAUUCUCAUUGGAAGCAUCUGUAUAUUGACGAUAUCUUAUCCAUGCCUGACUCAUGGGAAUAUCCGUUCUUCGCCGCGUGGGAUUCUGCUUUUCAUUGUAUUCCUCUGGCAAUGAUUGACCCGGACUUUGCGAAGAAACAGAUUGAUCUCUUCACAAGAGAAUGGUAUUGUCACCCAAAUGGUCAACUCCCAGCAUACGAGUGGAACUUCGGCGACGUGAAUCCUCCGGUUCAUGCAUGGGCGACAUUCCGUGUGUUCAAGAUCGAGAGAAAAAUCUAUGGCAGGCAAGAUCUCGAUUUCCUCGAAAGAGUCUUCCAGAAAUUACUUCUAAACUUCACGUGGUGGGUUAAUCGGAAGGACCAGGAGGGAAAAAACGUUUUCGAGGGUGGCUUUCUCGGGUUGGACAAUAUCGGGCUCUUCAACCGUUCCGAGCCUUUGCCUACAGGUGGUGUCCUUGAACAAGCAGACAGUACUGGGUGGAUGGCGUUCUACUGCCUCUCUAUGCUGAACAUAGCCCUUGAGCUGGCCAAACAUAGAAGGACAUAUGAGGACAUCGCCUCGAAGUUCUUCGAGCAUUUCAUCUUGAUCAGCGAUGCCAUGACUUUCAAAUCCGGCAAGGAUGAGAAGUCAUUGUGGAAUGAGGAGGAUGGCUUUUACUACGAUGCAAUCUCUUGGGGCGGUCCAUGGAUUCAGCAACUACCUGUUCGAUCACUCGUUGGGCUAAUCCCCUUGUAUGCCACUAUGACUCUGGAGCCGGAGCUGAUCAAUAAGCUUCCUUCUUUCAAGAAGAGAGUAAACUGGUUCAUGGAGAAUAGAUGCGACAUGGCCGAGAGAAAUAUGGCAAGUAUUCGAAAGAGGGGCAAGGGAGACCGUAUUUUGCUGGCUAUGGUCAGCAAAGACAGACUGGAGAAGAUUCUGAAGCGUAUGCUUGACGAAAACGAGUUCUUCAGUGAGCAUGGUAUCCGAUCUCUAUCUAGAUAUCAUAAAGACCACCCCUACUCGAUGGAUGUCAACGGUCAGAAAUUCACGGUGGGGUAUGUACCAGGUGACUCCGACAGUGGUUUAUUCGGAGGAAAUAGCAACUGGAGGGGUCCAAUUUGGCUUUGCGUCAAUUUCCUGCUUGUGGAGGCACUUCAACGCUUCUACCUUUUCUACGGACCUGGGUUCAAGGUAGAAUGUCCCACUGGGUCUGGUGACUAUAUGCAUCUGGGGCAUGUAUCAGAAGAGAUCCAGCACCGCUUGCAACAUCUUUUUGCUCGUGGCGACGAUGGCCGUCGCAGCAUCAACGGUGGAAGUGACUUACUCGACUUCGAUCCCCAUUGGAAGGACAACGUCUGGUUCUAUGAGUUCUUCGACGGCGACAGUGGCCGUGGCCUUGGGGCCUCCCAUCAGUGUGGCUGGACUGGGCUGAUUGCUCGAAUGAUUCAUGACACAGGAAUGAGUUGCCGUCUACCUCAGACACCUCGCACGCCAUCUGCAGCAAUGGGACAUUACUUUGAUGAUACUUUGCAUCGACACAUCCAUCUCAUGAAUUCAAAAGGGGAGAAACCACGCAUUCGCCGGUCAUCUACAGCUCGCUCCAUCGGCGCUCGAAGUGACUUUGAUACUUCAGUCAAUGGUGAAGAAUAUGAGGCCCGUAGCGUGAUAACUGAUGAUCCUGAGCGUCAAGCGCAGCGUGAAGAAGCGAACGCUCAUUUGCACCAGUACAUCUCUGGCCAGCUACAACGCGUGCUUGAUGAUGACAAUGCUGGGGAUGUGGAUAGAGACGAGUAUGAGGCACAUCUAUAGAAGAGGAGGCCCUUGCCAUACUCUCGGAUUCUAGGGAGAAGACAUCUCCUACAGCUCAGCAUUGGAUACUAAAUGGCAGAACAAAAUAUUGAAAUAAUGGACAAGAACAAUAGAAAGUGUUUUGGUUUAGCACUUUUUAGAAGGUAUUCUUAAAAGCAAGCAAUAUUAGUAGCUUUCUAGAUUAGAUAGCAAUACACGAUAGGUUGGUGAGCUCUAUUCACGGAUGUAGUCUGAAGAAC